UUCACAACCGCAAGAUUAAGACCCUCAUUUCAGGUCCAGUAGCUGUUGGUCUGGUGUCUCUGUUGGUGUUUUUAUUCUGUGCAGUGUAAAAAUAAACCAAGCCCAGUCCCUGGUUUCGACAAAACGAGCUGUGCAAGAGUCUUCAGUGGCGUGAUGAGACUGAAACGGCUACACAUACGAUACUACCCACCAGGAAUAUUCCUGGACUAUGAGAAAGGGGGGCAGCUCAGGACGAAAUCCAUCGAUUUGUUAAACUUGACUCCAGAGACGGAUGUGAAUGAGUUGCUGUCAGACAUUAGAGCAGCUGAACCUCUCAUCACCUCAUCCUGCGUCGAGCAGGUUAAAGUCCUGAUCUGCAAACUACAAGAGAAAGUCGGCCAAAAGGAUGACCGCAAGUUCUACCUUUUCAGGGCCCUUCAGGCUCACAUCUUGCCCCUGACGAACGUGGCCUUCAAUAAAUCAGGAUCGAGUUUCAUAACCGGAAGCUAUGACAGGACUUGUAAAAUAUGGGACACCGCAUCCGGAGAGGAGCUGCACACUUUGGAGGGUCACAGGAACGUCGUGUACGCCAUCGCCUUCAACAACCCUUACGGAGACAAAGUUGCCACAGGCUCCUUUGACAAGACCUGCAAAUUGUGGAGUGCUGAAACAGGAAAGUGUUUCUACACGUUUAGAGGACACACGGCAGAAAUCGUCUGCCUGUCCUUUAACCCUCAGAGUACCUUGGUUGCAACGGGCAGCAUGGACACCACGGCUAAAUUAUGGGAUGUUGAGAGUGGGAAAGAGGUGUCCACACUGGCAGGUCACUUCGCCGAGAUCAUCUCUCUCUCCUUUAACACAACGGGCGAUCGCUUGGUCACGGGGUCGUUUGACCACACUGCCAUUCUGUGGGAUGUUUCUACCGGCAGCAAAGUUCACGUUCUGACAGGUCACAGAGGAGAAAUCAGCUGUGUUCAGUUCAACUGGGAUUGUUCCCUCAUCGUCACGGCCUCUCUGGAUAAAACCUGCAAGGUGUGGGACGCAGACAGCGGUCAAUGUCUGGCUGCUCUCUUGGGUCAUAAUGAUGAAGUGCUGGAUGCGUGCUUUAACUACACCGGUCAACUGAUCGCUACAGCCUCUGCUGAUGGUACAUCAAGAGUGUUCAGCGCAGAAACCUUCCAGUGUUUGUGUCAAUUAGAAGGCCAUAAAGGAGAGGUAUCAAAGGUGUGUUUUAAUCCGCAGGGGAGCCGAGUUUUGACGGCGAGCGUGGAUAAGACGGCUCGUGUUUGGUGCGUGAAGACUGGAGCGUGUUUGCAGGUGCUGGAGGGACAUUCUGAUGAGAUCUUCUCCUGCGCUUUCAACUACGAGGGAGACACCAUCAUUACAGGCAGUAAAGACAACACCUGCAGGAUCUGGCACUGAGAGAGCGGCCUGAACUCUGAUCUUACAGUAUUCCUACAGCUCUUUUGAUUAAGAUAUUGUGUGUCAUUUUGUCACACUGCCGUAAUUUUCAAGUUCACAGAGAACGUGCAUGGAGGACAUUAUGGCUGGAAACUGUCAUAUAUAAUGCAUCAUAAAUGUCAUGCAUUAUAUCUUUCAUAAGUAACUGUAAGCAAAGUUAAAAUGGUUUAUAAUAUUUGCAGAUUCUUCGUAAUGUUUAAAAUUGGUUGUUCGCUCCCAGAGGUAUUUGUACCAUUACUUUCCCCCUUAAAGAAUACUCUGGGUCAAAUACAAGUUAAACUUAUGCUAUCAAUUAUCACAAAAAAUUAAUGAUUCCAAAAAUGAUGAUAUAUAAUGGAAGUCAAUGGGAAAAUUUUCAAUUUAUGUGCAUGCUUGUCACCUUUUUUUUUUUUGAUUGUACAAUCUACAAUAUGAAGUCAGGGAUUCAAUAUUGUAAAAUCACACUUAUUUUCUGGUGCGUUUAUCCUGGAAUAUUAAAUUUUUAGCAUGCAAGUCUGUUUUUAGGUUAAAAGAAAAAUUCACCUCAAAAAUCUACUCGCUCUCAGGCCAUCACAGACAUACAGUAUGAGUUACAGAAUAGAUUUGGAGAAAUAUAGCAUUACAUCAUUUGCUCACCAAUGAAUCCUCUGCAGUGAAAGGAGUCCAAACAGCUGAUAAAAAAAUACUUAAAAUACUUUAAGGUGAAAAUUAAGGUGUUUUAAAUUUAAACCCAUCCAUUUUUACUUCACAAGAUGGAGUGUUGUGGCUUGGUUGGGGACUAUUACGUUUUUAUCAGCUUUUUGAACUCUCAUUCUGACGGUACCCAUUCACUGCAGAGCAUCCACUGGUGAGCAAGCAAAUGUAUAAAUCUUCAACCAAUUAAAUUUUUUUAGGCUAUUCUUUUAACAGCUUGCAAAAUGUGUAUAUAACCUCAUUCAUUCACGUGUGUCUCUUUUCAAAUAAAGCUUGUCACCAUCAAAUUCA